CUAUCAUGCCAAAGGAAUUUCAAUAUUUAUCAAAAAGGCGGAAGAAUCAAAUAAUUAAUCGCGAACUGACUUAUUACAAACAUUCAAAACAAGUAUAUUCAAUCAAUUCGAAUAUAGCAUCUGAUACAAUAGAAGCAGGAAAUAGUAGUAACAGUAAUUUAACUAAUGUCGAUGAUACAUUUAAUAAAACAAAUAAAAUUAAUAUUUUGUCUCAAGAUCUUAAUGAAAUGAGUGAAUCAAGUGUAGAAUCACAAUCUGAUAAAGAAAAUAACGAGGAACAUAACGUUGAAGCACAAGAUCAUAUUUCUCAUAUAAGUAGUAUUUCUGAUUGUAGCCAUAAGACGAGUUUACAAGAAGAUUUACAAAAAUUAAUUAUUGAACGAAAUAUUGCACAUAAUACUGUUAACGAGUUACUGACUAUUUUAAGGAAACAUGGCCAUGUAGAUUUGCCUAAAGACGUGAGAGCAUUACUUCAAACGCCACGAAAUGCAUCUGUAAAUAUUAAAUCUCUGGGUAAUGGUCGCUACUUACAUUUUGGUAUUUUUUCUCCUUUAAAGCGAUCCAUACAAAUAUAUUCUGAAUUUAUUACUGGGAACAAAAUAAAAUUAAAUAUUAAUAUUGAUGGCUUACCAAUUUCCAAAAGUUCAGGUAGCCAAUUUUGGCCCAUAAUGGCAUCUAUUGAAGAUGUAGAUACGUAUACAUCACCUUUUAUAAUUGGUAUUUAUCAUGGCAUGUGCAAACCUAAUAACGCUAACGAUUUUUUGUUUGACUUUGUUAAUGAUUUUAUUCUUCUUUUUCAAACAGGCAUCAUUGUUUCUAAUAAAAAAUAUACAGUAACUCUUAAUGCAAUAUUAUGUGAUGCCCCGGCGAAAUCAUUUAUUACCUACACAAAAGGUCAUACAGGAUAUUUCUCUUGCCCUAAAUGUAUUCAGGAAGGUGAUUUUGUACGUAAUAGAGUAGUUUUUCCAGAAAUUCACAACAUGUUACGUACAAAUGACACAUUUAAAAAUCGUACACAUAUUGAACAUCACACAGGUGAUUCUAUAUUAGAAAAACUCGCGAUUGGAAUGAUAUCCCAAAUCCCAUUAGAUUAUAUGCACCUUGUUUGCUUAGGUGUUGUCAAGCGAUUGCUGCAACUAUGGGUCAGAGGAAAUAGAAAUAUUAGAUUAUCUUCAGAGGCUGUAAAUUCAAUUUCGUGUUAUUUAAUUGCAUUGAAACCCUUUAUUCCAGCAGAAUUUGCAAGAAAACCUAGAGGUUUAAAUGAUAUUGAUAGAUGGAAAGCUACAGAAUUUCGCCAAUUUCUGCUUUAUACCGGAAUUGUUGUUAUGAAAUUAGUAUUGCCUACAAAUUGCUACAAUCAUUUUCUUUCUCUUAGUGUUGGGAUUAGAAUAUUAACUGAUGAAGAACUAUGUGUGCCAUUCAACGCUUAUGCGAAUUUGUUGUUAUUGUACUUUGUUUCGAAUUACGGAAAUAUUUAUGGCGACGAGUAUAUGUCGCAUAACGUUCACAAUCUUCUACAUCUUUCCAAUGAUGUACAAAAUUUUGGUUCUUUAGAUAACUUUAGUUGCUUUAAAUUUGAAAAUUAUAUGCAACAGAUUAAAAAAAAAAUUACAUCAAUCGGGAGCACCUUUAGAAGAGUUUUGUAAUCGCACUUUUGAAGAAUUACAGCUUCCCAUUCAAUCAUGUAAAAUGCAACAAUAUCCGAUUGUUUUUUAUAAGAAAAAUAACGCCAUUUCUCAUGUCCAAUUCAAAAAUUUUAAAAUUGCAGCCAAUGAAGCUGAUAACUGUGCUAUACUUUGUGAUAAAUCUGUAAUAUUUAUCUUGGAUAUAUUUAAAGAAGACUGUGUUUGUUAUAUUCGUGCAAAACGUUUUUUAAAUCCAAAGGCUUUUUUUCAUAUACCCUGCUCGUCAGAAAGACUUGGAAUAUUUUUAAUAUCAAAUACUACUACUACAGACAUAAUUAAAAUUUCAAUAACGCAAGUAAAAAAGAAGUGUUUCAAAAUUAAAUGUGUUGAUGAAAUUGGUUCUUAUAUUACAAUACCAUUGCAAGCCACUAAUAAUUAGAUGUUAUAACUUUUUGGUUGAAUAUAUUUCAAUUUUUUUCAUUUUUGUAUGCGUACGCUUUAUAUGAUUAAAUUUAUAUGCAUUAUAUGCAAUAAACGUACGAUUCUUUUGUCUUUAUAUGAAAUAUUGCAAAUACAAAUUUUGAUGGAUUUUUAGUUCAUGACUAAAAAUAUUUCAAAGUUUUUGAAACGUUAUACAUUUCCCACAUUUUCCACAAGAUGAGUUGUGAAAAUAAGAAAUAUGCAGUAGUUAAAUUUUUAUCAGAUUCUACAUAUUCUGAAAUUCCAACAGCAUGGCUUUUUAAAGAUAAGGAGGAUAUUCAGCAAUGUUGGUGGCCACCUCGAACGGCAAACAGUGCAACAUUAAUAAUAAACUGUGAAAGUCCCGAUUCUACAUGGAAUAGUUAUGAAGUGGAUAUCGUAAAAUAUUGUACAUCUCUUGAAUCAGCUCGAAAGAAUGCAGCAGAUUCUAAUUAUAGCACAACCGACGAAGAACGACUGGGCCGAGGAAAGAGGCAACGUAUUUUGUAUAGUCGUUUCAGCGAUGAAGAAGAAUAUGAUCAUCAAUCUCAACCUCGAAAAUAUACGAAAAAAAAACAUAUUAAAACUGCUGUUCAAGCAACCACCAACACUAUUCAGCAACUACCAUCAUGUCCUCCAAACUUGGAUUUUAUUAACAAAGAACAACAAAACAAGAUCUUAAAAAUUAAUAAUGACAACAGACACAACAAAAUUAUUACUUCACAAAAUGAAGAAGAAAAUGAAUUAUUGAUAACAACAGAUAUGGGAGACAAGGAGAAUGAAUAUUCCAAUCUGUACAAUGUACCCAUAAUAUUACAAGGGAACGCUCCACCGAUUCAAAACUUAGAAGAUAUCUCUAAUAUAAAAGAUAGUAUACAACAAAUGUUGCGUAUGCAAGCAGUAGCAAAUAUUACAUUAAAAGAUUUGCAGCAACGAUUAUUAAAAAUAGAAAGGGCCAUUAAACACCGCGCGUUAAGUCCUGAAAAAAUUAAUGAUGAUGUCAUAGCGCCAUUCUUACCAUUAACAACAAUUGAACUUAUAAAAGAGUUUGAUGCACUACUGAAAAUAUCAGCUGAAGCUGUGAGACAAUUUAAAGAGUUUUUAUCAAAAACGGGUGGAAAUAACGCCAGAGAUAAUAUCCAUCGUAUCCUGAGGUGAUUGGGGAGGAUAUUU